AUGGCAGACCCCGUCGCGCAGAUUCGACCUUAUUCUCCGGAGGAUAGAAAAUUGGUACAAUUUAUGGUCUCCAAGGCCAACCUUCAGGCUCUGGCUGUCGCAAACAACAAGGCGUACGCACACCCUUUGACAAUUGCUAUCUGGGCAGGCCUCUCAUCUUUGAUGAUAUACUGGUUGAAGUGGUGGCCUGCAGACCAACACGGUUGGAUGGAGUACCUGAAACCUUUGCCGGCACUAGCGUCUAUAGCAGUCCCUAUAAUGUUUUUCAUUGACUGGAUAAAUCGACCAUUUUUUGAAGAGAUGACCCAAGAAAUACUCCGUUAUCCCGACCUCGCCGAUAUAUCCAAGUAUUAUUUUCAACAACCAUCUUCGGGGCUUUGGCUGCUCGAAUAUGGUCAGACAUUUGUUGGACUUAUUGCCAUGGACGCGGCAACACCAUCUGGAAAGACAAAGAAAAUCGAAAAGCAGCCUAAGACGGCGGUCAUCCGGCACUUCUACGUCGAAGAACAGUUCCGGCCCUCUAAAAUCCAAGACGAUCUACUAAAAUAUGCAGUGGAUCAUGCUUUCAACAAUGAUCCAAAACUUGAGCGCAUUGAAGCGUCGGACUCACCUUUAGUUUCCUACCUUCGUCCUUGCUUACGGUCAGCAGGUUUCGAGCUUGACCAUCACACCAAAAAGGUUGGUAUAUUGCAGUGGAAUCUCGGAGUGCGCUACUUGGAUAGAGAAACAUGGUCUAAAAAGGCUAAUUAG